AUGACGAAAAACGAAAGCAUCUUUUGUAGUCUUGAUAGAUCCAAGACUAAAGUAAAAAUCAGUAAUGGUGACUUGAUGGAAGCAGUCGGCAAAGGCACCAUUGCCAUUGACACUAAAAAAGGCAAGAGAUACAUCAAUGAUGUACUCUUGGUACCCAACAUUGAUCAAAACCUACUUAGUGUAGGUCAAAUGAUUGAAAAUGGGUACUCUUUGCAUUUUGAAGGAGAUUCUUGCACAAUCUAUGAUAAGCAAGAUAAAUCCUUUCAAAUUGCAAAGGUAAAAAUGAAAGAAAAUAGAUGCUUUCCCAUACAAUGGAGAUAUGCAAGCAAUGUGGCAAUGCAAGCGCAAACAGAUGAGUCAUGGCUAUGGCAUAGAAGGUUUGGUCACUUCAACUUCCAUGGGCUAAAGAUCCUCAAGCAGAAGAAUAUGAUGCGAGACCUCCCAGCAAUGAAGGAGAUCAACACAGUCUGCGAAGGAUGCAUCUCGGGAAACAACAUCGACAACCUUUUCCAUCUGGCAAAACUUGGAGAGCCAAAAAGCCACUGGAGCUGGUCCAUACAGAUGUUUGUGGGACAAUGCGCACUCCAUCAAAUGACCAAAACAGGUACUUCAUUCUCUUCAUUGACGACUUUACUAGAAUGA